UCUUAUUGUUCUCUCUGUACUGAUCACUCCCACACAUCCUCUCACACUCCAAUCACUGAAUUUUAAAGAAUUUAACACCAUUAUUAAAAUCUUACAACAUUUUUAAUCAAAAUUAAAAAUAUUCCCUGUUGUUCUCUCUAAAUAAAAAAGAAGAGUUCAUUUUGCUACUGAGUGGUGUCUGCUUUUGUAUCUGUGUCUGCUUUGGCCUAUGCUUAUUUGUCUUUUUUCUUCUCUUCUCUCUCUCUCAAUCACUCACUUAAUUUCAAUUUGAGUUAAGAUCUCAGCUUUGUUGUGUGCUGUACAAGAUAAUGGUGGAAUGGAAUCAAUAGUGAGUGAGUGAAGCUUAGAUUUUGAAACUAGCAACAGCAAACCAACUUGGAAUUUGUGGGGAUUAACAUUAGCCCAGUUCUCAGAUCUCUAGGAUCUUACUGAAAGUCCUGUUUUUGAAUGUUUUCUUGUUUGUUUCUCAAGAAAAUUCUCUUCUUUUCUUUAUGUGUAUGUGCUUCACCUCAGUGAAUUAUGGUGUUCCUCAUUUUAAAGUUCAGUUUCUUAAACUGGGCUGUGUUUAACAUGGUGAAAAGUGUCUUAUAAGUGAUGGGUUGUUGCUUUAUGUGGUUCUGAUUCAGAAAGAUAACUUUUUUUUUUUAUCUGGAUAAGGCAUUUUAGAAAUGGUUUGGACAUGGUUGGUUUGAUCAGAAGAUGGUAGUUCCUGUUAUUUAAGCAGAGUAAAGACACUGAACUGAGUUAAGAUUUUGAAGAGUAUGGAGGGUAAGAGUUUUUGGCAAUGGAGAAUUGGGUUUCUAUUUUUGGCAUUAAUGGAGACUUCUUUUGCUACUCUCUCACCCACUGGUAUCAACUAUGAAGUGGUAGCUUUGGCUAAUAUAAAGGCGGCUUUACACGACCCUUACAAUGUUCUGGAGAGUUGGGAUGUUAAUUCUGUUGAUCCUUGUAGCUGGAGAAUGGUUACUUGCACUAAUGAUGGAUAUGUUUCUUCUUUGGGACUUCCUAGCCAGAGCUUAUCUGGAACCUUGUCUUCUGGAAUUGGGAACCUUACCAAUUUGCAGUCAGUGUUGCUGCAGAAUAACGCUAUUUCAGGACCUAUUCCUGCUGCAAUUGGGAGGUUGGAGAAGCUUCAGACACUUGAUCUCUCAAACAAUUCAUUCAGCGGGGAAAUACCUGCUUCUUUGGGGGACCUCAAGAACCUAAAUUACUUGCGUUUAAAUAACAACAGCAUUACUGGAUCCUGCCCGGAGUCUCUGUCCAAUCUUGAAGGCCUUACUCUUGUAGACCUUUCAUUUAACAAUCUGAGUGGUUCGUUGCCUAAAAUAUUAGCAAGAACUUUCAAAGUGAUAGGAAACCCUUUAAUUUGUGGACCCAAGGCCGAUAACUGUUCUGCUGUCUUUCCAGAGCCACUCUCUCUUCCACCAGAUGGUCUAAAUGGUCAAUCAGACCCUGGAACCAGUGGCCGCCACCGCAUGGCUAUUGCUUUUGGUGCAAGCUUUGCUGCCGCCUUUUCCAUCAUAAUUAUCAUUGCGUUACUUGUUUGGUGGCGAUAUAGGCGCAAUCAGCAGAUUUUCUUUGAUGUGAAUGAACAAUAUGACCGAGAUGCCUGCUUGGGCCAUUUAAGAAGAUUUACUUUUAAGGAGCUCAGAGCUGCAACUGAUCAUUUCAAUUCAAAAAAUAUUCUUGGAAGUGGUGGAUUUGGGAUUGUGUACAAGGGAUUCUUGAAUGAUGGGACACUUGUAGCUGUGAAAAGGCUGAAGGACUAUAAUGCAGGUGGUGGUGAAAUUCAAUUCCAGACAGAAGUAGAGACAAUAAGCUUAGCUGUUCAUAAAAAUCUGCUCAGGCUUUCUGGAUUUUGCACCACUGAGAAUGAGAGGCUCCUUGUUUAUCCAUAUAUGCCAAAUGGAAAUGUAGCAUCUCGGUUAAGAGAACACAUUCAUGGCCGGCCAGCUUUGGACUGGGCAAGACGAAAGAAGAUAGCUUUAGGUACAGCCAGAGGACUACUAUAUUUGCACGAGCAGUGUGACCCUAAGAUUAUUCAUCGUGAUGUCAAAGCAGCCAACAUUUUGUUGGAUGGAGAUUUUGAGGCGGUUGUUGGUGAUUUUGGGUUGGCAAAGCUUCUGGAUCACAGAGAUUCCCAUGUGACCACAGCAGUGCGUGGUACCGUUGGCCACAUCGCUCCAGAGUAUUUAUCAACGGGCCAGUCUUCAGAAAAGACGGACGUGUUCGGAUUUGGGAUAUUGCUUCUUGAGCUAAUCACGGGUCAGAAAGCCUUGAACUUUGGAAGGGCAACUAACCAGAAAGGGAUCAUGCUUGAUUGGGUGAAGAAACUCCAUCAAGAAGGAAAAUUGAAUGUACUAGUGGAUAAAGAUCUAAAAGGAAACUUUGAUAGAGUAGAAUUGGAAGAGAUGGUUCAAGUAGCUCUUUUAUGCACUCAAUUCAAUCCUCUACACCGUCCGAAGAUGUCUGAAGUAAUGAAGAUGUUAGAAGGCGACGGUUUAGCAGAGAAAUGGGAGGCUUCACAGAAGAUCGAGACGCCGAGGUCUAGAUUAUGUGAAAAUCACCCUCAAAGAUAUUCAGAUUAUAUAGAAGAAUCUUCACUUGUGGUAGAAGCAAUGGAGCUGUCCGGUCCAAGUGAUAAGAGAGCAAAUUCACGUGUUAGGAUCACCUGCAACAACAUAUAAAUACAGGCGACUGGAAAAGCUAUCCUGGCCUUAGAUCAAAGUCGCAGUCAAUCGAUGAGUGGAUCAUAUUAGCGGUGCAAACAGAUGAGCUUACAGAAGCACGUGAUCGCAUGCGCUUCCCAGUUCGAUCCAUGCAUCAAGUCGUAUCUUCUCAAAAUAAAAAAUGUCGGUACCAAAAUGCCACGUGCCAUGCGUUGGUUUGUCCACAGUAUACUUGUGUUAACAAAAGAUUUGAAAACUAGACUGAGAUUAAAACUUUGAUUUAAUAAAAUAGCAUAAAAUGAAACAAAA